AUGUCACACCCGUCGGGAAACUGGGCUGAUGAUACGUACGAGUUGACCGCGGCGACGGCGGCGGCGGCAUCGUCGCCUGCCGCCCCUGCCGCCACCGUCGCUGGCGGUGGCGGCGCUGCACCAGCACCAGCACCAGCACCAGCAGCAGGGCAACAAGAUGCGGCUGCUGGCAUGUCCGUUAGUUCAUCACCAAAGCCUCCAGCAGCACCGCCGUCCAUGGCAGACGGGAGCGAGAUGCAAGAGGCGAGUGGGAACGACAAGGACAACGACAACGACAACGACAGCGCCAAGGUCGGGAAGCGGGUGACGGCCAUCGAUGCGGAGACAGACCGGAUGGCACGCCUGUUCCUAGGGAAGGAGAACGAGGAGCAGGCCAAGCGCCGCCUCAAGAUCGUGCAGUCCAACCCCAACUCGCACCUCAGCAGUGCCAAGACCUUCCACGAGAUGGGGCUGCCACCGGCUCUCCUCAAGGGCGUGCAAUCGCUAGGGUUCGAGAAGCCGUCAGCGAUCCAGGAGAUGGCGCUGCCGAUGUGCUUGCGGCGGCCACCGGAGAACCUCUUGGCGCAGGCGCAGAGCGGGAGCGGGAAAACGGCGGCGUUUUGCCUGGCGGGGCUGUGUAACGUAGACACCCGUCUCGCCAUGCCACAGAUGCUGAUAGUGACGCCGACGAGAGAGCUGGCGGUGCAGUGCGUGCAGGAGACGCUGUUGCCGAUGGCCAAGUUCAUGGAGCCUCCCCUCGAAGUGUUUUCAGCCCUCAAGGGAACCCACCCGCCCCGCGAGGGGAUCCGUGCCCACGUGGUGGUGGGCACCCCCGGGUCAGUGGUGGCGGCUCUCGACAAGCGCAGGCUGCUGCUCACGCACUGCGCGACUUUCGUGCUGGAUGAGGCGGACGCUAUGCUCGAGGACUCUGGAGACUCUACCCAGCACCGCAAUAAGUGCAUCCAGAUCAAGAACCGAUACCUGCCGCGGGGACAACACCAGACCUUGCUCUUCUCCGCCACAUUUCCUAGAGAGGUCAAGGAGUUCGGGCUUCAGCUGGCUCAGUCCCCAGUGAACGAAAUCAGUCUACCCGACGAGCAAGAUUUGGUUCUGGACGUGAUCACCCAGCUGUGGAUCGACCUUAGGCACACCCGACAGUCCCGCCUCGAGCUCAUCCAGGAGCUGUAUGACGUCUUGGAGAUGGGUCAGAGCAUCAUCUUCUGCAGGACAAAGAAGGAAGCCGAUCUGAUCAACGAGAGGCUGCAGGCGCAAGGGUUCACGUGUUCGGUCCUCCACGGCUCCCUGGAUGGGUUAGACAGAGACGCCACCAUGGAACAGUUCCGCCUGGGCCACAACAAGGUGCUGCUGACGACGAACGUUCUGUCGCGAGGGGUGGACGUGCCCGCAGUGUCGCUGGUGGUGAACUACGACAUGCCGACGAUGGGCUACUCGCAGGAUCCCGACCCGGACACGUACCUCCACAGGAUCGGCCGCACCGGGCGCUUCGGCCGCAGGGGCGUGGCUAUCAACCUCAUUCAAGAUGACAGCACAUUCAGGGUGAUGGAGUCGAUCGACAGGCACUUUUCACCGACAGGCUCGAUGCUUCGACAAGCGAGCACUGACGUGGAGGAGUUGGAGAAGAUCAUCGUCGAGGAGUCUAAGAAGCGCGUAGAGAACAGAGAUCUGUCGUCUGAGCCAAUGUCACAGAAUUAGGGUCGGGGAGGAGGUGCAGUAGUUGUUGGCGGGGGUGAGUCGAAUCUGAACCAAAAGCAUGCAAGACGGAACCCUGAACACGGAGGCCAUUUGUUCAUGGUGGUACAGCAGUAGUUGGGGAUAGGUCGUUGUUGCCGGCGUCGUUUGCAGGGAGAGACGAAUGAGGAAGUGAAUACAACAUGA